AUGAAUAACGAUACUAAGAAACCCACCGACAGUACCUUCUGUCAGACAAUGAAACCGAUCUACUUCAUGUCUAAGGUGGCCGGUCUGUGGCCCCAGUCAUUUCUACGUACAUCUCCCGGUGUAACAGUGCUAGAUAUUGCCUACCUGUUGGUACUAUACGUGAUUUGUUUCUUUUGUAUACUGGUUAACGCUAACGCGAAGUUGUGGGACUACUACAUGAAACCGUUCGAAUCGGACAUCUUGCGAUACGGGUUGCAGACGCAUCUGCUGAACGGACUGAAUCUUACCAUACUAAUUAGCACGAUCAACGUGGUACAAUACAAGCGGAAAUGGGAUUACAUGGAGCUGCUGGACAACAUUACGAAGGUGGUCGAACAGGAAUUCCACGUGAGAUAUCCCGUGCGAGUGGUGCAAAAGUUUAUUACGUUAAUCAUUUGUGCUGAGAUCCUUUACCUUAUGAUGAUACUGAGCGGUUACUACUAUCUCAUCGAUCAGACGUUAAACAUUACUACAACUUACCUGUAUUUGUCUUACUACGUCAUGAACAUCUCAUUGCUGGCGCUGUUAAAUGAAUACACUUAUUUUACGGUGCAUAUACGUCGUCUGUUUAUGGUAGUUAAUCGAUUGCUUAAGCAAUUGCUUUUAACCGAUGCCAGUAGCGAUACGGUACUGCUUGAUCAGAACAGAAACAAUAAAACGCCAACGAUUGCGUAUGAUGAAAUAUUCACAAUUUACGGCAGAGGAGCAAGGAAGGAAUUUGAAACUAACACUGGAAAUUGGAAAAGGACUGGACCAUCAAAGGUGACCGUAGUUGCUCCUGCUUCGGCCGGUUUUAACAAACUGUCCACCCAGACUGUAUACACUACGUACGUCACACAGUAUAAGAUCGAUCAUCAUUCCAGCAUGGAUACGAUCGUGAAAACGGUCAACCGUUUAUCCGUGCUGCACUAUCAUCUGUGCGAUGCAAUCAGGCUGGUAAAUCGCAUAUCUUCACUACCACUAAUGCUUCAUUUCGGUGCCAUGUUUGUGUUUCUCGUGUUUGGCCUGUUCACCUUCUACAAAGCAUUCAAUUCUGGAACGUGGACAUUUCGAGUUAUGGCGAUGGCAAAUGGGUCCUGGAUUGCAUUUUACAUCGUGGGAAUUUUGGGCGUUAUUACUGCUACCACGGCGACACAGAACAGUGGCCGGUUGACUGGAGACAUUGUUCAUCAGAUUAUUCGUAAACAUCAGAACCAUUUUUCGGCCGAUGUUAUCGAGAAGCUUUCAACCCUAUCUCUGCAAGUGAAAAUGCGCGACAUGUCAUUUUCGUGCGGUUUGUUUAACUUCGAUUGGAAUCUGUUUGGCUCGAUUCUUUCAGCUCUUGCCAUGUACCUGGUGUUUCUCAUCCAGUUCGACGUAACUCCACCGGUUGGACUUUCUUCGCCCAAUUUAACCAUCCCAUCGCUGGAGUUGAUUGAUUUUACAGUUUAA